AUGAAUCAUCUCCUAAUCCCAUUUUCAGUUGUUCAAGGGGUGUCGGUCCCUUUGUCAUCUCAGGCUGUGGAGUUGCACAAAACUCUUGUGUCAAUUGUGAUACAAAGCCCUCAUCAUCCCAUUCUGUUGAAGAAAAAACACAGUCAUGGCACCAUUUUUUACAAAGAAAAUAAACAAACUGCUUUCUCCUGUCUUGCAGCAUUAGCCCUCUUAAUUUGCAACUGCAAAAGCAAAGGUAGUGAAAAAAAUGAAGGCAAGGGUGCUGAGGUACCUGAUAGGGGUGAUGAUGGGUGUGAUAGUGAUGGGGGUGAUAGUGAUGGGGGUGAUGAGGGUAGUGAAACUAUAGACAGUGACUUUGAUCUUAGAUCAGAA